AUGGCUUCAGCUCACGAAGACGAGUACGACUACCUGUUCAAGAUCGUGCUCAUUGGCGACUCGGGCGUGGGCAAGUCGAACUUGCUGUCGCGCUUCACGCGCAACGAGUUCAACCUCGAGUCCAAGAGCACGAUCGGGGUCGAGUUUGCGACCAAGUCCAUUGUGGCAGAGGGCAAGACGAUCAAGGCGCAGAUUUGGGACACGGCGGGUCAGGAACGAUAUCGAGCGAUCACGAGCGCGUACUACCGUGGUGCAGUCGGUGCGCUGAUGGUCUACGACAUUACCAAGCACGGAACGUUUGAGAACGUCGAGCGCUGGCUAAAGGAACUGCGUGAUCACGCGGACGCCAACACUGUGAUAAUGCUCGUGGGCAACAAGAGCGAUCUGCGCGAUGCUCGGGCUGUAUCGACCGAAGAGGCCAUGGCGUUUGCCGAGAAGAAUAAUCUGGCGUUCAUUGAGACGUCGGCGUUGGAAGCGACGGGGGUGGAUACAGCUUUCCAGCGCAUUUUGACGGAGAUUUACAAGCUCAUGAGUCGCAAGACCAUGCAGGCAGAGGAGCAGGCGACAGUGAGUUUGCCUGCAGGCAACAGCAUUGCCAUUACGGCCGAGAACACGACCGAGAGUCAGAAGAAGAAAAAGAAGAGCGGAUGCUGCUAG